GGCAACUGUGGAUUCGUAUAAGAAAGUUGGCAGCACUGACUCAGACGCCGCACUGUGAGAAAAGUAGAAUAAAAUUAGUAAAUUAUUAAAUAGAAAAAAAGACAACUAGCAAUGGCUGAUUCGGAUGAUGAAUACGACCGCAAAAGGCGCGACAAAUUUCGCGGUGAACGCGACAGUUACAGACCCGAAAGGCGGGACGAGCGUCGACCGAUGGGUGGUGGGGGUGGUAACUCUCGGGAUGAGUGGUCAGAGCGCAAUCCGUUUCGAGGUAGUUCGGCAGCUGGCGGCGGAGGAGGAGGCGGCGCCAGGCACCGACCCGAUUACAGUGACUACCGCGGCUCUGGGCCACGUCCGCGCUACGGCUCGCCGGGACGUGAGAUGCCACCGGCGAAACGCAUGCGUCCCGAUUGGGGCGAUAGCGAAAUGCGUUCCAAUCCGCGAUUUGGCUAUGAUCCGUAUCUGGUGCAGGCCUGGAAUGAUCACUAUCAAUCCCUGCAUUCGGCUUACUCCCAUGCAAGUCAUGCGCCCUCUGCCCGCGAAUCAGCGCCCAGUGGGGGCGUGGCCAGCGACACACAAACGCAGCCGGCAAUGCUGACACUGAAACAGUUUCUGGACACGCAAGAUGAGAAUAUAUCCGACUCGGAGGUGAUGCGUAAAUACACUGAGUACAAGACGGACUUUAAGCGACAGCAGCUAAAUGAGUUCUUUGUGGCCCACAAGGAUGAGGAAUGGUUCAAAAACAAAUAUCAUCCCGAGGACAGUGUGCGUCGCAACGAUGAACAACGCGGAUUUCUUAAGAGACGCACAGAUGUGUUUUUGGAGCUGCUCGAGAACGGCACCAUUGGCAACGUGAAGAUCGACUCCUCUCAAGCUGAUGCCUUGGUACGUGUGCUUGACACUUGUGUGAUUAAGCUAGAGGGUGGCUCCGACGAGGAUCUCAAGGUUCUGGACGAGAAACCCAAAGAGAUCGCACCUGUGUUUGAGCGCAAAUCGGAAACAGCUGAUUCCACGGUGGUGGCCAAGCGAGAACCACCCGAUAGUCCCAAGCAGCAGACAAAAACGGAGAAGGAUGAUGAGGAUUUGCCAAUUAUUGUGUCGCCGUCGCGUAAGAAUCUGCGACCAGUUCACUCGGAUGAGGAGAAUUGGGAUGAUGAUGAUGCAGAGAUGGCAUCAGAACCGGCAGCUGCCAAGAAAGAGCAGGAGGAUGUUGAGCAGGCGUCUGAGAAGUCAGCCAAAGAGCUGCCUGAUGAGGAUUCACCCAAAAGUGGCAGUGACAACAAGCAAAAGAAGAAGAAAACCAAGAAACGUAAACGCAACAGCAGCGAUAAUGACAGCUCAUCAUCUUCUAGCUCCGAUUUGGACUCAGACUUUGACGAGGAUAAGCUGAAAGAGAAAUACGAUGUGGAAGAGGGAUUACGUGCCGAUCAAAAGGCCGAAGCACAAAAGGACAAAGAGCAGGAGGAGGCGGCCAAAGCAAGUCAGCUACCACCCGAUAGUCCCAAGCCUGAGAAUCCUGCUGAAGAUCAGGACACUGAUGUGACAGUUAUCAAAACUGAAGUCACCGAAGUGGAGACUGAGAAGACGGAAUCCACAGCUGAAGAAUCAGAAAAAAAGGCAGAGGAUAAGACCGAAAACAAUGGUGAACAGGAAAAAUCCGAUAAAGAUGAGGCGGAAAUUGUGACGCCGGCCGUCGAGGAAGUUACCGAGACAAUUGAUUUAGACAAGGUUAAAGAUGGACCACAUCCACGUGCAUUGCAUCGCACAUCGUCCAUAUUUCUGCGCAAUCUGGCGCCUUCAAUAACCAAGGCAGAGAUUGAAGCGAUCUGCACUCGUUUUAGCGGAUACCUUCGCGUGGCCAUUGCCGAUCCGCUGGUGGAGCGUCGUUGGUACCGCCGUGGUUGGAUCACCUUCACCCGCGAUGUCAACAUCAAGGAAAUCUGCUGGAGUCUAAACAAUCAGCGGUUGCGGGACUGCGAAAUGGGCGCCAUUGUCAAUCGGGAUUUGAGUCGACGUGUGCGUCCUGCUAAUGGAAUCACGGCACACAAGCAGAUUGUGCGCUCUGACAUCAAGUUGUGUGCAAAGAUUGCCAUGAAUCUGGACGAGCGCUUCAAACUGUGGAGCGAAACAGCUGCCAUGGAGGAGACACAGACGGAGGCGGAUGGCAAGUCCGGAGUGGAGUCAACAAAUGGCAGUGGAAACAAUGCAACUACUUAUGGAUUCAAUUCCAAGAAUCCAGUGCUACAAAACAUAACCGAUUACCUCAUCGAAGAAGCUUCCGCAGAGGAAGAAGAGCUGUUAGGAUUGGCUGGCGAUAGCAAGGACGCCGAGGGUGAGCCCAUCGAAAGGGAUGAGGCGCUGUUGUCUGUGUUGGAUCGUUUGGUGCUGUAUCUGCGCAUUGUGCACUCUGUGGACUACUACAAUCACUGCGAGUAUCCGUACGAGGAUGAGAUGCCCAAUCGCUGUGGCAUCAUACAUGCACGUGGUCCUGCUCCCAUGCGCGUCACCACCAACGAUGUCCAGGAGUAUAUCAAAGCGUACGAAGGCAAGCUACAGCAAUUCUUAACCAAGACUGUACAAUUGAGUGAUGAAAAUAUCAAGGAACUGGGCGCCAAGAAUGCCGAAACAGAAGUCGAGAAAUUCGUGCAAGCCAACACCCAAGAGCUGGCCAAGGAUAAGUGGCUGUGUCCGUUGUCGGGAAAGAAGUUCAAGGGUCCCGAAUUCAUACGCAAACACAUCUUCAACAAGCACGAAGAGAAGGUCGAUGAGGUUCGCAAGGAAGUGCAAUAUUUCAAUAAUUAUUUGCGCGAUCCAAAACGUCCACAGCUACCUGAGCAUCCAGGCAGCUCCAAACGCACUGAAUCCGAAUCGGGUCGAGGCGCCAGCGGCUAUCGGCCACCGAUGUAUCCACCCUUCUCUGCCAUGCCCUAUGGAUUUGCACCGCCCAUGAUGGGAGGAGGUGGACGCGGCGGACGCAAUUUUCCGCCAGUGCGCAGACCCGGUGGUUUUGAUUAUCGCGCCAGAUCACACUACCGGGACUUGGACGCGCCGCAAGAGCCGUAUUAAAAUAAUCCCAAUAUACAAUACGAAUAUAAACACAAUUGGUUUAUAAUAAACAAACAAUUAUACACAUUGAACAAUUAGUCUGCACAUUAUCAAGCAGUGAUUUCUAAAUCAAUUUCAUAAGUAAAUUAUUAAAACAAUUUCUAAAACGUAAGAAAAGCAACUACAAUUAUAAAACUGACAAAUGUUUAUCAAAAAUGUAAUGUAUGCUUAUUGUUUUGUAUUGCUUGGAUCAAAAAUGAAAAUGACAUAAAUAAAAGUUGUAUAUCAACACGAAAUUUUUAUUGAAA